GCCAGCUGCUGCUCCGCUACUUCCCACUGCGCGAUUCAAGAACACGGAGGAAGGUUGAAACUCUGAAAGCAGCAGCAGAUACAGGAGGAGAUAAGAUAAGUAAAUUAAUUGGAAGAAAGAAAUCAGUGGGGAGGAGGCUAUAGAAGGGAUCUUUCAUGCGAGGAAAGCGCCUUUCUUUGCGUUUUUAGUGGGGAGAGCGUGUGAGCAUUGGUGUGGGGGGAGAAGAAGAAGAUGGGAAGAGCGGAUGCGCCAUGGCUGCCGCUUCUGCUCCUGUGCUCCUCCUGCUGCUUCUGCAUUUGGCCCCAGAAGCAAAUCUUGGUCGCUGCAGACACCGACCCUAAUGAUGUUACUGUCCUCAAUACGCUCUUCACUAGCCUGAAUUCUCCGGGGCAGCUCAAAGGUUGGCAGGCAAGUGGUGGAGACCCUUGUGGCCAAUCAUGGCAGGGUAUCACGUGCUCAGGAUCAUCAGUUACUGCAAUCAAAUUACCAAGCUUGGGGCUCUCCGGUAAUUUGGCGUACAAUAUGAAUACCAUGGGUUCAUUGAUUGAGAUCGAUAUGAGCCAAAACAACCUUGGUGGUGGCCAACAGAUACAGUACAAUCUUCCCACUAAUAAGCUUGAGAGGCUCAAUCUCGCAGGAAACCAGUUCACUGGAAAUUUACCCUACUCGAUUUUCUCGAUGUCUAAUCUUAAGUAUUUAAAUCUAAAUCAUAACCAAUUGCAAGGAAAUAUAACUGAUGUAUUUUCCAGCCUCUAUAGCUUGACAACACUGGAUCUUUCCUUUAAUUCUCUUGCUGGUGACCUACCACAAGGGUUCACAUCAUUGUCAAGCCUGAAGAAAUUAUAUCUGCAGAACAAUCAAUUUACUGGUUAUAUCAAUGUCCUUGCUAAUCUCCCCCUUGAUGAUCUGAAUGUUGCAAACAAUCAUUUCACUGGCUGGAUUCCUAGUCAACUUAAGAAGAUAAACAAUCUACAAACUGACGGAAAUUCUUGGAGUAAUGGACCAGCACCACCACCUCCACCGUAUUCAGCUCCACCUCCACCAAACCGUCCAAACAGCCCAGGUCAAAACAAUGGUGGUUCAAGUUCUGGUGGAAGCUCUGGGAUAGGUGGUGGAGGUGUAGCAGGCAUUAUCAUAUCAUUGCUGGUAGUUGGAGCAGUCGUUGCAUUCUUUGUGAUAAGAAGAAGAAAACGCAGAGCGGCAUUGGAAGAACAUUUUGAACAGCACCAGCCAUUCACUUCGUUCCCUUCAAACGAAGUUAAAGACAUGAAGCCUAUUGAAGAGUCUACUACAAUAGAUGUAGAGUCUUUGCCAUCCCCUGCUUCAUUUAGUCUGAAGCCACCCCCCAAGAUUGAACGCCACAAGUCUUUCGAUGAUGAUGAUUUAUCAAACAAGCCUGUCUUGAAGAAAACCAAUGUGGCACCUAUAAAGGCAACUGUUUAUUCAGUUGCAGAUCUACAGAUGGCAACAGAAAGCUUUAGCAUGGACAACCUUGUUGGGGAAGGUACUUUUGGACGUGUAUACAGGGCACAGUUUACUGGUGGAAAGGUUCUGGCCGUGAAGAAACUUGAUAGUACCGUGAUGCCAUUCCAUUCAUCUGAUGAUUUUGCUGAACUGGUCUCAGACAUUUCAAAACUGCAUCAUCCGAAUCUCAAUGAGCUUGUGGGCUAUUGCAUGGAACAUGGGCAACACUUGCUUGUUUACGAUUUCCACAGGAAUGGGUCACUCCAUGAUCUACUCCAUCUUUCAGACGAAUACAGCAAGCCACUUAGCUGGAACUCUCGUGUCAAGAUCGCACUAGGCUCUGCCCGUGCACUGGAAUAUCUUCAUGAAAUUUGUUCUCCAUCCAUCAUCCAUAAGAAUUUCAAGUCAUCCAACCUUCUACUGGAUUCAGAAUUCAAUCCACACCUUUCAGAUGCUGGACUUGCAAGCUUUAUUUCUGAUGCAGAAUUCCAGGCAGCGCAACAGAGUGCUGGGUGCACUGCCCCAGAGGUGGACAUGACUGGUCAGUACACACUGAAGAGCGAUGUCUACAGCUUUGGAGUAGUCAUGCUAGAGCUUUUGACGGGACGCAGACCUUUCGAUAGCACUAGACCGAGGUCAGAGCAGUCACUUGUGCGGUGGGCGACUCCACAGCUCCAUGACAUCGAUGCAUUGGACAGAAUGGUCGAUCCUGCGCUGAAGGGUCUGUACCCUGCCAAGUCUCUCUCCCGGUUUGCCGACGUGCUCGCUUUGUGUGUCCAGCCUGAACCAGAAUUCAGGCCACCAAUGUCAGAGGUGGUGCAAGCAUUGGUUCGUCUUGUCCAGAGGGCCAACAUGACGAAGAGAAUGCUCGACGGAGAUACUUCGUCGCGCCGAACAGACGACCAAGAACAAGAUUUCAUAUGACAAAAACUACACCCCUAGCUUUUCCUGUUACAUCUCAAAUUGUAUUUAUUUUGUUCGCCUAUCGCCUAUUGGAGAGAAGAAUGGAAGGAGAAAUAGAAAAGAAAGUCAGUUUCAUCAGUACAUAAUCACAGGUGUUGCUUGAUAUAUUGUAGGACCAGGUGUGCCAUUGUAUCCUGUCUACAGAACAGUAUUCUGAAUUCCUGAUUGUUCAUUAAUGCCAUCAUGGUAGUAGAUUAUUUGGUUAUAUCA